AUGGCUUAUGGCGAUCCAGAUAAAAUUGCUACCAAUUCAUGCCAGACAAGUAUCAUUCUUAAGCUCACCAACGUGUUUGAAACCAGUCAUCAAGAAUUUCAGUUUGAUCCGUGUGUGCAGUUGAGUGAUGGUCAUGGAUACUCGGCAGGAAUCGUUCAAUUUACAACUGGGACUGGAUCGGCUGAACAAGUGAUUCAAUUUUACUCUGAUCGAGUGCAUCCCAAUGAGUUUACAGUCAUGAACGCAACAUUGGAAGCCAUCACAUUGCAGUUGAAAGCAGGCGCGUCUGGUGAUGCAAGUGGGUUGGUGUCGUCUGUUGCGGGAUUGGAUGGAUACUGUGAUGCAUGGAGUAAAGCAUCACAACGACCAGAGUUUCGGGAUGCUCAAAUAGCCAUGCUGGCUAAAAUGUAUUUUAUUCCAAGUCAAAAGGCAGCUACCGAUGCAGGAUUGUCGUAUGCAGUAUCUAUUGGACAAAUUUACGACUCGACAAUUCAACUAGGAGCGCAAGGAACGCACGAGUUAAUACAGAUGGUUACUGCUCGUCGUGGUACUCCAGGACCACAGAAUGAGCUGGAAUGGAUUUCCGAGUUUUUAGACGAUCGUGAAAAAAAGCUAAUUGCGAUGGGUGGUGCAUUCAAAUACUAA